GGCAACAUUGGUGUUAUCGUAGAUAAUAGUUCGCGUAUCGGUAAAGAAGAGAUAGUAGCAAUGAAGUUAGCCAUCCAUGACUUCAACAACAAAUCUAAUCGACAAUUGGAUUUGCAUGUGAGAGACUCUCAAAGUGAUCCAGUUCUUACUUUGCUUUCCGCCAGAAAUCUGAUCAAGAAGAGGAGAGUGCAAGCUAUUAUCGGCCUUGAGACAUGGGAAGAAGCAUCUUUAGUUGUGGAGCUUGGUAGUAAAGCUCAUAUUCCGAUUGUUUCCUUGGCUGAUGCAGCUCCGCAGUGGGCAACAGAUCGCUGGCCGUUCCUUGUUCGAGUCUCCCCGGAGAAACGCCUGCAAAUGAAAGCUGUGGCAGCCAUUAUCGGGUCUUGGGGAUGGCGUCGGAUCAAUGUGAUAUACGAGGAUACCAACUCUGCUGGCUCUGAGAUCAUUCCAUUUCUUGCUGAUGCCCUCAAGCAAGUUGGUUCAGAAAUCGGAUACCUUGCAGCUCUCCCACCAUCAUCUGCAGUUAAUUCUUCUUCUUUAUCUGAUCAGCUCCAACGGCUUAAAGGAAAGCAGUCGCAAGUCUUUGUGGUUCAUUCAUCUUUAUCAAUGGCGGAGCGUCUGUUUUCAAAAGCUAAUGAAUUGGGCAUGAUGGAAAAGGGUUCUGUUUGGAUCACUACAGACAGCAUCACAAAUCUUGUACAUUCCAUGAAUUCCUCAAUCAUCUCUUCCAUGGAAGGUGUUUUAGGAAUGAAGAGCUUCUUCCAGAAAGACGGAGCCCGGUUCCAAGACUUCUACUCCAGAUUUCGACAGAAGUUUCGAUCACUGUAUCCUAAGGAAGACAACUACGAGCCUGGGAUUUUCGCCGUUCGGGCAUACGAUGCUGUGUGGUCUGUUGCUCUAGCAAUGGACAACAACGGGUCAACCCAACAAUUGUUAGAAAAGAUUGAACUCAGCGAUUUCCAUGGCCUCACAAAUAGAAUCAAAUUUGAGAGACGACGCUUGGCUCCACAGCGCAUGUUUCAGAUUGUUAAUGUGAUUGGAAAAAGUUAUAGAGAGCUCGGAUUCUGGUCGGAGGGAUCAGGCUUCGCCAAGCCUACUAAUGGUCAAAUUCAAAACAGUAGCUCCAUGGACAUCCUGGGGCAAGUGUUUUGGCCAGGAGGCCUUAUUUCCACCCCAAGAGGAUGGGUACUUCCUACAAGCGAAACCCCAUUGCGAAUUGGAGUGCCCCUCAAUGGCACAUUCAAACAAUUUGUUUCUGUAACAUAUGAUGAUGGAGGCAAUCAAUCGGUUUCCGGGUUCUCAAUCGAAGUCUUCAAAGCAGUUCUGAAACAUUUAAACUACAGUCUACCUUAUGAGUUUUUUCCCUUCAGUGGUACCUAUGAUGAUUUGGUGGAACAGGUUCAUCUCAAGAAAUUUGAUGCAGUGGUAGGUGAUACGUCGAUAGUUUCAAAGAGAUGUGACCAGGCUGAAUUUUCGCAUCCCUACACAGAACCAGGAUUGGUGAUGAUAGUUCCUGAGAAAGUAGAGAAAUCCAAUAGGGCUUGGUUAUUCAUGAAGCCCUUCACCAAGGCGAUGUGGGUUCUAACAGGUGCUAUAACCAUCUACAAUGGCUUCACCCUCUGGUUGAUAGAACGAAACCAAAACCCAGAACUUAUGACAGGCUCUAUUCUGAACCAAAUGGGAACCUUGGUUUGCCUAUCCUUCACCACCCUCUUCUCUAUGCAUGGAGGAAGGCAACAUAGUAAUCUGUCCCGGUUGGUAAUGGUGGUCUGGCUGUUCGCAUCUCUGGUGAUAACGAAUAGCUACACUGCUAAUCUUACGAGCAUGCUUACGGUCCAACGCCUUGAACCUACUGUGGUCGAUGUGGAAGAUCUGAAGAGUGCUAAUUCCAUUGUUGGGUGCAGCAAACGAUCAUUCGCGGUGAGGUAUUUGGUGGAUGUCAUAGGAAUAAAAAUGAGAAACAUAAAAGAUAUUACUACAGCUGACCAGUAUGCUCGAGAUCUCAGAAGCGGAGAGAUAGCAGCAGCCUUCAUUGAAGCUCCCUACGCCAAAAUAUUCCUUGCCCAAAACUGCAAAGGCUUUGCUGCUUCUGGGAAAACAUACAAAGUUGGUGGCUUUGGAUUUGUGUUUCCAAAGGGAUCAUCUAUUCUUCCAGACAUAUCUAAAGCAGUCUUGGAGGUGGCCGAAAAAGGUGAGUUAGACGACUUAGAGAACAAUUUGAUUGGAUCCCAGAAGUGUGAUUCAAAUGCAGAAACCAGUAAGGAUAGCAGUAGUCUUAGCCCUAGCAGCUUUUGGGUUCUUUUCUUAAUAACAGGAGGUGUAUCAACAGUUUGUCUUGUAAUCUUCAUGGCCAGAGAAAGGUUAACCUAUUUGUAUAAUUAUUCGUUGGGGCAUAUGGCCAUUUGGAGACUAAUAUCAGCUGUAAUGAGAAGAUGGAGAUCACAUCCACGUGGUCGAUUCUCUAGAGGAAUUAGCGACGUAAAAAGUAAUGGAAAUGCCCAACACGCAUCUAUGCAUUCACCACAAUACUUUGGAUAUAGAGUGCCAUGGCAAAGAAAUUGCAGCUCUAGAAGUUCUUCCUAAAUCCACAAGCUAAAUCAACCCCAAAAAAUCCAAAUUUUAGAGGAUACUUGGGAAACCAUAACCCAUAUGUGAAUGCAUU